UCGCAACAGCCGCUCGCCGCGCCUAGGGAGGCAGGAGCUGCUCUGACUCUCUCUAGUAUUUGCAUUAACCACGUGAUUAUUACUUAAACAAACGACAAUAGAUCUCAGUCAUGUAGCCCAGUUUACAAUGACUGCGUGCCAUCCUUAAAGAAAACAUGAUCCGACAUGCUAAAGUAAAUUGAGUGUAGAGAGAAAAGAUCGCGGGUGGAUGUAACAGCUGGUUUGGUUGCACGAGAAUGUGCCAAAGGUGAUUGAAAAUGGAGUGGCUAGCAAAGAAAGUGGUGGCUGGCAUUGUGAACAGAUAUUUUGGUCAGUACCUUGAAGAUAUUAACACCCAGGAAGUAAACGAUGCUCUUCUAUCGGGUCAGGUCAAUCUUACAAACCUCAAGAUACGACGGGAUGCUCUAUCAGUACUAGAUUUGUACUAUGGAAGUCCACUGCCAAUUGAAGUUAAAAAGGGGACCAUUGGCAGAAUAUCACUCACCAUCCCAUACAGCAGUUUCUUCACACAGCCUGUUGUCAUUAACAUUGAGGAUGUGUUUGUGCUUGUCACUCCCAUUGUGGAAUAUGAUGAGGAGCGGGAGAGAGAUUUGGAUCGUGCAAGAAAGAAACAGACUCUCUCCCAUUUAUUUCCAGACCCAACACCAGUCCAUGCAUCUCUAGACACAACGAGCCUUUGGGGCCUGCUAUACAACAGAAUAUGGAAUAAUCUUGAACUCCACAUAAACAACGUCCACAUCCGCUAUGAAGAUGCAACUUCCUGUCAUGAACCGCUUGUUAUUGGCUUUUGCUUGCAAAGCUUGGCAGCAGAUACCACCAAUCAUAAAUGGAAGAAGGCACAGGUGGAUGGCAAUGCUGUUACAAUCAACAAAGUUGUUGAUUUUGUUUCUGCUUCCUUGUACAUCAAUCCCCGUAGUGAUCGUCAACGACUAGUGAAACCACACAUUAAUUCAGAUUUGUGGCAGCAGUACUUGCAACAGGGUCUUGAUACUUUUUCAAUCAAUGAUGAACCGUUCCAAUUUAUUCUGCAGCCUGUCAGAUGUAAGGUAAAGAUGAGGCAACAGAUGAGGCGUGAAGCAAGAGUACCAGGGUUAUUGGUUGAUGCUGUAGUGAAAGAUGCAGCACUUACUCUGUCUCACCAACAGUACACAGCACUUAAUGAACUAAUUGUAGCUUUUGAUGCCAUUAAUACAAACAGGCGGUUUUUGAAGUAUAAACCAGAUGUACCUUUGAAGCGGCAUGCAGUUGAGUGGUGGCAAUAUGCAAUCAAAGCUGUUAUACAUGAGUACAUCAGACCCUACUCAUGGGCAAGAAUAAAAAAUCAUAGAGCCCAAUACAGGAGUUACCUGCACCUCUACAAGAAACAUCUUAUAGAGGGUUACAACAGUGAACUUGAAGCUGAUUUGCUGAAAAUUGAAGAUGCUUUAAGUCUCACAAAUAUUGUGCUUGCUCGUAUGCAUGCCAAGAUUAAGGUAUCCCAAGAUGAGCCAGAAAUGGUUCACCCAGUGGAAUCCUCAGGGAAUGGCUGGUUCUCUUGGUUGUGGGCCAAGAGAGGAACAGAUGUAAUUGAUGGAGAUGAUGAAUGUGUUGAUAUUGUUGGAUCAAGAAGAAAGAAUGGCGUGUUUUCCUCCUUAACUGAUGAUGAACGUCACCAACUUCAUGCUGCUUUAGUACAACUAGAAGCACCAGUAGAUAAUGAAAAACACCGAGAUGACAUUGAUCAAAAAGUGUAUUUCUCCCUGCAAAAUGUCAGCCUAACAUUAAAGGACACAGUUCAUGACAUAGCUCUUGCAACGCUUUCUGGAUUUGUUAUGAGUGCUGAAAAUCGUAAUGGCAUAAAGUAUCAAAAGUUAUCAGCAAAAGCAGAAUCAUUCAAUCUUGAAGCAGCCAACAUGGACCAAGAGCUUGUUUAUGUCAUGAAGCUUGUGGAGCCUACUCCAUCUGCAGGUUAUGGCAUUGCUUUUUCGGUUGACCUCGAACGAAAUCCAAUGAAUGUCGGGUCAGAUUAUGCAGUAACAAUGAAAUUAGAUCCACUGGAGCUGCUAUAUAACCAGCAUGCUUGUGCAGAGAUCGUUUACUUCUUCCGAGUUCCUCACAAAAAGUACAGAGGAUUUGAAGAAGUGGCCCGGGAUACCCUCAAUGAGAUGGUCAAUACUGGCAGAGCAGCAGUUGAAUACGCAAUUGCGCGACACAAGACUGUCAACUUGGAUAUAGAUAUAAAGAGCCCAUAUAUUGUACUGCCAGAACAUGGUUCAAUACAGAAAGGAGGCAAUGUGUUAGUAUUAGAUAUGGGUGGACUAAAGGUCAACAGUGAGAUAGGAGGCCAAACUGUUGAUUUGGAGGAUGCAACAAGGAUGGAACUUGAAGAACGUCUGUACGAUCGGUUAACCAUUACAGUAAAUCAACUCCAAGUACUGUUUGCUGAUUCAGGUGAUGAGUGGCGGGUCCACAGAACACGUGAUGAUUCUGAUUCUCACCUUCUGCCUAGAGUAAGAGUUAAGGUUGAUUUGGCCAAUAGCAUUCAUCCUGAAUAUCGACAACAGCCAAGACAGAAGAUAGAUAUCCACAUUACACCUCUGAAAUUGAAUCUAUCAGACAGCCGCUUAAGUCAUCUUGUAGAAUUUGCUCAUCAUUUGCCUGUACUGCAUUCAGGAAUGAUUAUUCCAGAUUCUGUCGACAAUGGAAGAUUACCAAGACAGGAUCUAGAUCUUCAGCACUGCUUAAUAGAACCAAAUGUGUCUGAAUUGUUGGGAAUAAGAGAUAACUUGUUGAACCGUCUUAAGAAGAAACUGAUACCUGAUAAUACAGAUAUGCAUGCAACACCUCCUCUACUCAGACAUGUAAGGCCUCUCUCAUCAGUUGACACAAUUUCUCAAACAAGUCUUGAAUUGGAAAAAUAUUUCUCAGCUUCAGAUAACAGUGAUGAUGAAGGAGAGACUUGGGGAAAACCAGUUGAUGUACCUGGGUUUGAAGACAACACAUCCCCUAAAAAUAUGAUUACUAUUUUGUCACGUUUUUGUAUAGAUGAAAUUGUAGUAGGCAUAUCACGCUCAAAUGAACAUGGGGAAAGACCUUAUUUGAUGGUGAGAGCUACACAUCUUGUAGUAGAGUCAGCCAUGAUGGAUUAUGGACCAGCGGUACAAGUUACUCUGAGUUCUCUUCAUCUUGUUGAUAAGUAUCAUCAUAAUCCCACUGGGGAAUAUUUGGAGCUGGUCUCAUCACCACAGACUGGAUGUGUAGCAACUAUAUUGUAUCGCAAAGUACGUGCCAAUUGUCCAGAUUUCAAAUCUCAUUUUCACUCAUGUGAACAGAGCUUAGUUGUUGAUUUUUCAACACUGAAUUUAGUGUGGCAUAGAGGUUCUAUUAUAACACUAACCAAUUUUCUUACAUUACUGUCAGCUAAGUUAGGGCAUAUUGAGCAAAAGAUACCAAAAGUAAGUAUCCCCAACAGCUUCAUGACAUGGCUGACUUCGGGGCCAGAGGAUCCUCCUGUUCCAUCAGGGGCAACCAAGUGGUCCUUUGCUACACAUCUCCAUACUCUCAGCUUGAAACUGUGUGAUAAUGAGGUUGAAUUUUUACAAGCAAAGAUUGGAGGUCUACAAGGUGAAUGUGUCUUUAAGGCUAAUGAAAAGAAAAUUCUUCGAGCAUCUCUAUUAGAGUUGGUUGUAGAUGAUCUCUCAGAUAUGACUCUCCAUCCACGAAUAAUUGAAAUAGAGGAAGAUAGAGUAUUUGACAUAAAGUUGGUUCACUUCAGUCCAACUCAUAAAGGUGUUGAAGAAAUUGACACUUCUCCACAUGGCAUAAAUCCUGAUGCAUCACUCAGGAUCAGAAUUGGAAGAGUACAGUGUGUGUUCCUCUGUAAGUUCUUUGCAGACCUCCAAAGGUUCAUGGAACCAGUGUUGAACAGAGAGGGAACUCAGAUUGCUUUUAAGCAUGCAGAAAAAGCAGCAGGGGCAAGUAUUGAUGAGCUGGUUUCAGGAAGGAAGAUCAGCCUAAGUAUUGAUAUUCAUGCACCAACAGUCCUCGUUCCUCAAAAGUCUGACUCUCCAAGUUUGUUAGUGUUUAAUCUUGGAGAUCUUAAGAUUGACAACUUGUUCAAGGCAGUGCCAGGAGGAGGAGGUGGUGCUAUAGAAAACAUUCUAGUUGAGCUUGGACCCCUGCAGAUAUAUAGAGCUGUGAUGACCUUGGGUGGUGGAUUAGAGAUGCAAGAAGAUAUAUUAGAACCUGCAGUCAUUAGAGCAGAUGUCAAACGUUCCUUGAUACCUCAGUGCAGAGAUCUUUUAUCUUGGGAUAUUGGCAUACACAUGGGGGCUCUAUGCAUAAAUAUGGGGCAGUGUGACCUCAAUACCAUUUUGGCUGUUAUGACACAGAAUAGGGCUGAGGCUCAAUUUACAGAUACAAACAUUCACUCCCAGCCACUCACACCAGUUGAUCUUGGUACUCCAGUAGUUGGUGAUGAUAAUGUUGGUCGGUUGCAAGCAUUUCUUACACAUUCAGUGGAUAUCUACCGAAUUGCUGAUGCUCUCAUAUCUCUGGAUGGGCUGACAGUGACUCUUUAUACUGAUAUGGAUGAAGUUCUAAGUUCACCUGUUCGUGAUGCAGCAAGUGCAUUGUGUCGUUUGGAAGUUGGAGAGAUUGAAGUGCAUGGAGAUAUGAAUAGUGACCGAAGCAUGGAUGUACGGCUUACAUUGCACUCUUUUGAUUUAUUUGAUGUGAGAACAGAUAACAGUCAUGCAGUAAAAAAAAUAUUUGGUCAGUAUAGCAGUGAAAUGCAGAUGAAUUUUGGAAGAUUUAGUGUGAGUGUCCCACCAAUGAUGGAUCUUAUGUAUAAAGUUAGUCCAAAUGGUGAUGCAGCAAUUGAGGCCAGUGUAGAAAGAACAAGACUAAACAUGUCUGUGGGAUUUGCAAUUGCAAUGUACAAAUAUGUGAAUGGUGCAAUACCAAGUACUGCAAGUACCAGUGGAGGUAUUCUUAAUCCAGGUUUUGUUGGUGACCUUGGAACUACUGUAGAUGGUGUGAGAAUUAUUCGGCGGCCUCCAAGUUCAGUGGACAGCACGAGUGGUUACCUGUCAACAGUCACAAGCAAUAUGGAUGAUCAGAAGACUCUGUCCAUAUCACUUAAGGUUAAAAGACCAGAGAUAGUACUUUUUGCAGACCCAGAUGAGACAGUUAGCAGAGUUUUGGUUAUGAGGUGUGAAAUCCAUGUAGAUUAUUCCAGACAUCCAGGUAAUGAGAGUUUCCACUUCUCAUUAGAUGGAUGUCAAGUAUUUGCUACCAUGUAUACUUAUCAUGGUCAAAGCCCAUACUCCAUCAUGAUGCCAUGUGACAUUGAAGGAUCCUGGGUAUUUAGAAGUGUAGAGGAAGGUGUGCGAGCAGAACUUAAAGUCUCUCAUAUCCAUCUUCAUCUGAAUCCUCCAAUAGUACAUUUGCUUAUCAAUGUAGUGGAAGAACUGAUGAGGAACCUCAGCCCUCCAAUGAUACCCUUUAGACUUCAGCGACCAACAGCUGACCUGGAUGACCUCUGGUCUCCAAAGCCUCUUACAGCCAACAUUUCUCCCACACAUCCUGAUGAUGAAGUGUAUAUUAAACCAGAAUAUCCUUCAACUAAACCUCAGCAGAGACUGGUUAUCAGGUGCUCAGUUAUCUCUGUGUCCUUUGAGAGGCAGUCAUUGAAGUCAGCUGUUCCGGUGCUUUUGAUGAAGGCAGCCUUGAAUACUGAGAUCAAUGAUUGGUCAAAGCUCAUGUACACUAAAGCUGAAAUACAGUUACAACUGUCUUGUUACAAUAAAGAGUUUUCUACUUGGGAACCAGUCAUUGAACCAGUCAGUGAAGAUGGUAAAGUGAUGAGACCAUGGGAGGCUCUUAUCCGCACCCUGCAGCAUCAGGCUCAGCCCAUUGGCAUCAAGCGCAAUCGAUCAGGCCCGCACUAUGAUUCUGUUGACAGUGGUUCUUCAAACAACAGAAACAGCUAUAUCAGCUGUGUUUUAGAUGAUUCAGAUUCUUCAACAGAUGAAGAACACCAGGAUAAUGAAAUGGUUGUUUUGAAGCCUCAUGCAACAUCUAAGAUCAAGCGCUCUAGCAUUAAGCGUUCCACUGCAGAUCUUGGAAGUUUCACAGGUUAUCCAUUGGAUUCAGAUUCUGAAACUGAAGAUGGAUUAAUACACAAGAUAUCAAGUGCAUUCUCCCACAUGUUCUCUAGUGACUCUGAGGGAUCAGAAGAAGAAGAGAGUAGUGAUGAUAUACUUGAGGAUGAUAAAAAGCGAGUCAGGGAUCGGCACGAAAGAUCUUUAUCAUCUGCAGAAGGACAGGAUUCUCAAGAGGAAGCUGAUGGAGUCUUCAACCCCCCCCAGCUUAUUCCAGAUGCAGUGGAUGGUCCUGCUCUAACCCCAGAAGAUGCAGAAACAGGAGAGCUUGCUACCUGCAUUUUUGUUGACUCAAGGGAUCAUAUGGAAGUAUCAUUGACACCACACAUUAUGACUUCAAUUUAUGAUCUUGUAACUGAAUAUUUAGAUAAACCUGAGAAACCACAACCCAUUGUGUCCAGUGCUAACCCAAUUGCUCAAGAAAUCGUCGUUGUAAAUGAAAUUGGACCAAACUCAAAAGUCACAGUUGUGGCCCAAGAAGAGGUUGAUGGAGAGACCAGAUUUGAAGUCUUAACCUCAGCCAAAUACCAAGAGCCAGAUUCUCUGCCUUCAAGCCCAGCAUCUGGAAAGAGCCGCAGUCGUGGAGAAUCAGCUUCUGAUGAUGAAGGCUGGCCGGAAGGAAUGGGAGACUGGGACCACUUAAGUCUGAAUUCCUGUCCAGCUAUCUCAAUCUCGGGUCAUUCAGCUGACAUUCCUUUUGUUGAGCCUGUCUUUGAUCAGCUCUGUCCCAAUCCAGUUACCUUGUAUCAGGACAUAACUAAACAUCGAGUACAAAUUAGUGUUCCUGGAUUUGAUGAACUAACAGUUUUUGUUGGUAAAAGAUCUAGAAGUCGCAUCUUCCAGCUAAGUCCACCUCGUAAUGAUAGAAGAUAUCACUUAAUUGUAACAGUACAGGUUGACCACCACACAACGAAGGUCAUUGUAAGAAGUCCUUUACAGAUUAUGAAUGACCUGCCUCUCCCUAUAAAUAUUUGUUUCAAAAAAAGCAUUUUAGAAAUGCUUGGGUCCUCCCUGGGUGAACUUCAUGCAAGGGUGGUGUCCCCAGUAAAUCCUUUUGAACCCCAUGUACCAAUGAUCACCCUCCAGCCUGACCAGAUUUUCACAGUACCUCUCACUGUGGCCUAUCAUUCAUCCUUACAUAUCCAGCCUGCAGCUGCUGACCAUAGUGUAAGUGAGUUAGGUGUGUGGUGGAAGGAACUACUGUCAUCAUCACGUUCCCAUAUCCUGACAUGUAAAGCGAAGAUAGAACAGGAUCCUACAAUUGCAGCUGCAGUGAUAAUUCAAGAAGGCAUGAAGCUGAGUAGCCUUCAGUGGGAAGGCUUAGGAGGAGUGUUACCUAACUACAUUCUGCGUGUGGUGCCACCUCUUGCCAUCCAUAAUCAUUUGCCAUGUACACUUGUUUUGACCCAUCCAACUCUAGGACAGCCACUCAUGCUAGAUCCUGGAGCACAAACCACUCUUUACAAAGUCAGUAUAGAGGAAAAAGUGAUCCUGCAAGUCCAAGUACUUAACUACUUGUCUAGUGAUUGGAGUGGUACCUUAGAGAUUGGAGCAGAGAAAGGCAAUGAACACCGCACUCUGAUACUCAGUCAUGGAGAUGGGGAUGCCCGCCGAAAAUUGGAAAUCACCCUGUAUACUGUUAGAUCUGGGUCAACAGCAAUUUAUGUGUACUCUCCUUAUUGGAUUGUAAAUAAAACUGGACUUCCAUUAUAUAUACGAGGUGCAAGAUCUAAAGUUAUUUAUGAAUUGAAUGGGCAGGAAGAGAUCAUCCUUUUCCGUUAUAAGAGAAACUACCCUCACAAACUAAAGAUUCGUGUAGUGGAAAGUGAUUGGUCACGCAGAUGGAGCUGUGAAGCAGUUGGCUCAUGUGGGGUUGUGGUAUGCACAGAUAAUAACCGAGGCAAGAAGUACAGACUGUUGGCUAAAGUAAAACAGUCAACACUAAAGGCUGAGAUGCCAAGUGAAGGUGUCCAAGGACACUCUCAUGGUAAGCUGCAUCUUACAAAAAUUGUGACCUUGAUGCCGUACUUCCUGGUGCGCAAUCUAACACAGCGGCCAUUAAGAUUUAUGCAGGAGAAUGAUAAAGUCGAGUUGUGGUAUGAUAUUCCCCCACAACAGUGUAUGACAUUUUGGCCAGACAGUGAAAACAUGCACAUGGUGGUUCGUUAUCGAGACCAGCAAGUUAGAUCUCAGCAUUUCCAUUUCAAUUCUAACCAUUCAACAGUAUUGCGGAUGGAGAAAGGGCGAGCCCUUACUGCAAGUGUAUCAGGUGUUGGAUCAGACAAUCCCGUCACAGUAACAUUUGACAGAUAUCAAGCAGGAGAUGCACCUGUUAAAAUUGAGAACUGGUGUGAGGAUGUCCAUUUACGCCUCCACCAGAAAGGCUCCAACCAGACACAUCUCCUAGCACCUCAUCAGUCACAACUAUAUACUUGGGAUGAUCCUACACUGCCACAUGAGCUUCUUUGGAAUAUCUAUAAUAGAAAGAGUGAGGAUAUUUUAGCUGUCAUCAAUAAGGAUGAGCAUGGAAGUAAGUGUGUGACUGUCACAUCCCUGAAGCCAGGCCUUGUUAGAACCAAAUCCCAAUCCAGUUUAGGCACUCCAAAAACGAGGCCCAAAAGACUCAGCCCACGUCCUAGAGCCAAGACUAUCGCCUCUUGUUCCUCUACUGACUCUGAAGAUGAAGAUCCAGACAAUGUGGCAAAAACUCGUAAAGACAAGAUACUGGUCCACUGGGUGAGCUACAAGCAGGGAGACCAGAGAGUUUUGCUCUUUACUCAGUCUGAUCACUUAGCAGCAACUACACGCUUGCCUAUGGAAAGAGCCACAUUUGAAAUUUGUAUCGCACUUGAGAAACUUGGCAUUUCCCUUGUUAACAAAAGACAAAGAGAAAUUGCAUAUUUAAGCCUCAUGCCAGGAGCACCCAAGUGGGAGUUAGAAGUGGAUGGAGUUUGGAAGGUUCCCCCAAGUCUAGAACUUGUGGCCUGGCUGGAGGACCAAUACCUCAAUAACAGGAGUUCUAAGGUCAACCUAAAGGGCUCACUCCAGAUCAAAAAGAAUCCAGUGAAAGUAGAGGUGGACUUAGCAAAAAUGUACAUGAUAAAGCCCUUCAGUGGGAAAUUACGGCGCACGAAGAGGCCCGCAAUCUGGCUGCAUUACAGACAUUCUCAGCACUAUUCAUUUGCCUCAGCUCAAAUACACAGGCUGCAGGUUGAUAACCAGUUGCUUGAUGCCGUGUUCCCGUCAGUCUUUUACCCUUCAAAUGAAAAUGGAGCCGUCCAUCCUUGUGUUUCCUCUUGCUUGCUACUUCACUCGGCAGCAGGACAGUUGACAACCAUCAAGCACCUGAGUUUGGUAGCUCAGGAGUUUCAUUUGAAAUUAGACAAAGGAUUCCUCUUAUCCAUGCAUGAAGUUUUGGAGCCAGUUCUGCCCAGCCUUCAUCCCAGUAAUGUUCACACUGAACUCAAGAAACUCAAAACACCUGUUAUCUUUUCUGCUAUGCAGAACUUACAGACAAAUGAUGAAGGACCGCAUGUGGAAAGAGUGUGCAUCGCUGGGCUUCGGGUUCGCUUCUCAUUCUCACCUCGAGGCACAGUGUUUGGUAGCCAGAGCAGCCAGAGCGAUGUGUUGGAGUGGUUCCUGACAUCCCUUGGUGCUACUUUAACAGAGAUGAAGAACAUCUCAAUAAGCAUUGGCCAUUAUGAAAGAGAAUCCAUUCCAUGGGACAAAUUGGUUGUAGACUUCAUGGAUCAUGCAAAAUAUCAAGUUGUUCAGCAGAUUUAUGUGUUAGUGCUUGGUCUGGACAUUCUAGGCAAUCCCUAUCAGCGACUGCGAGAUCUCUCACAGGGAGUUAAAGACUUGAUAUAUCAACCUGCUCUGGGAAUUAUAGAAGGACCAGAUGAAUUUGCUGAAGGAAUUGCUCGUGGAGCACAGAGUUUGAUGGGCCAUGUUGUGGGGGGCACAGCAGAUAGCCUUAACCUUAUAUCCUCUGCUAUUGGAAACACAAUUGCAGUGUUAUCAUUUGAUGAUGAUUAUAAGAAGAAACGUCUGCAGAGGUUAGAUAUGCAGAGCUCUCUGCCAGUCACUAUGAUCCAUGUUGGUAAGACCUUCGUCAUGGGAGUGGUUCAUGGAGUGUCAGGAGUUGUGGUCAAGCCUAUAAUGGCUUCAGGAGCACAGCAAGAUGGCGUUGAGGGAUUUUUCCGUGGUCUUGGGAGAGGUAUUAUGGGUCUUAUAACUAAACCAACCCUUGGGGUGAUCGACAGUGUAGCAAUGGCCUGUGAUAGCAUCAGGCGUGCUGUGGAUUUAGGCUAUGAUAUAAUUGUAAGAUCAAGAGUGCCACGUCAUGUCUCUCCCUAUGUAGCCAUGCGCCCAUACAAUAGUCAUGAAGCAGCUGGCAUGGCCCUCUUGGCUUCUCUCAACCAUGGACAUUACACACAGACAGACUGGUAUUUUGCCCAUGCACCAUUGUCGGAGUCAGAGCGACCAGAUAUAGUAUUAAUCUCAGACAAGCACAUCUUCAAGUUAGAGCGCUGUAGCAUGUGGGGAGGCUGGGAGGUCAGUUGGAGAGUGGCAGUAAGGAACCUUCUUCACCAGCCCACUAUCAAGGAUAACACAAUACUCUUAGUUCUCAGACAGGAUGAGAGUCAUAGUCAAUUGUCUGGUUCUGAGCACCAAAUCAAGAGCAAUGAUGUCAACGUCCUACUCUUUUUGGUGCGCUGCAUUGAAGUUUUGACAACACUCCACAUGGUAGAUCAACCUUGUCCCCGAAAUCAGUAAUCGGGUAUUCAUUGCCAGGACUCUAUUAAAGGUUGAUCAGUAUUUCUGGUGAAAGAGUUUGCUAAGAAAUAUACACUUUCCUUCUUCCUAGCAUGGCACUCAAAGUAUUCAGUUUUGAGUAUGCUGUCUUGUUUAUAAUCUUCAUGCAGUUGGUUAUGAUUUUAUUAUGGACUGAGAGAUUUUUUAAAUCAUACUGGAUAUAUAAAAUAGACUGAUAAUUUGAUACAAGAAAAAAAAUAAGUAGAACAAAUGGAAUCAUAGCUUUGUCAGUACUAUAAAUUAAAUAGUAAAAUGAUUGUGCACAAGAAAAUGAACUAUUUUCAAUAUGAAUAUGCAUUGCAAAAUGAAUUUAGACUAAUUUAGCAGUAUGCAUCCAUGAAAUUGAUAAAGAGGAGU